AUGCGGGACGCAGUGCUGACUGCCAGAUCUUCAAAAUCGAUCUCCAUAUGCCUAUAUUAUGCUGCUUUCUAUGAGGUUUUAGUGGGUGGCGACAUCCGGGCGGCAUGCCCAGAACGAUCAUUUUUUUGA